AUGGUGAGAAUAUUCCUUCUAUACAAUCUAUUAAACUCAUUUCUUCUCUCUUUAGUACCAAAGAAGCUUAAAACUCUCUUCCCUCUCUCUUGGUUCGACAAAACUCUCCACAAGAACUCACCACCAUCGAUGUUACCGUCACCUUCACCGACUCCGUCGUCUGUUCCGACCAAAAGAACAGAUCCGGCAGAACUCAAAAGGGUUUUUCAGAUGUUCGACAAGAACGGAGACGGUCGAAUCACAAAGGAAGAACUCAACGAUUCAUUAGAGAAUCUAGGAAUCUACAUACCAGACAAAGAUCUUACUCAAAUGAUACAUAAGAUCGAUGCAAACGGUGAUGGUUGCGUCGAUAUAGACGAGUUCGAGUCUCUGUACAGCUCUAUCGUUGAUGAGCGUCGCAACGAUGGUGAAACAGAGGAAGAUGACAUGAAAGAAGCGUUUAACGUGUUUGAUCAAGAUGGAGAUGGGUUUAUUACAGUGGAGGAGUUGAAAUCGGUGAUGGCUUCCUUGGGACUUAAGCAAGGUAAAACCCUAGAAGGUUGUAAGAAGAUGAUUAUGCAAGUUGAUGCAGAUGGUGAUGGUAGAGUUAAUUACAAAGAGUUUCUUCAGAUGAUGAAAGGUGGUGGCUUUAGUAGCAGUAGUUGA